AAAAAUAAUGAUUUAUUUGUUUAUUUGUGUAUGGGGUGGGGGAGGGUGAGCUGGCUUUGUUCCCUAUUCUCUCACAAAAGUUUCGUUCCCUGGAUCUCAGUUUCUCACUGCCCUUCCAUAAGAAAGACUCGCCUCUUAUUCAAGCAAAGAACUGAAUCCUAGGCUUUGCUUUUUCCUCUUUGGGGUCACUUAUGCCACCAGGCUGCUCUGAGCACAGCUAAGAUGCACUCUGCUUCCAAGCUGGUCUGGAAGGGCUGGAUACAGGAUCUACAAUAGGUGCUCUGGGGGCGUGUCUUGCAUUACGUACAAGCCUAUCAAAAGUUUGAGGUUGGGUCGGGAUUCUGGGACAGCCUGUGGUUUAGGAAGACUGGGUUGGGAGAGGAAAUACCUAAGAGGAAUGGGUCAAAAAGAGGGCAGUGCAGGAUCAGGGUGUGCUAGCACCUAGGCAAGUCCUGGAGCCUGCAGCCAGCCCCUCCCUGCGUUUGGUGUGCGGUAGGCCUUGGUUACUCUGGCAACUCACCCUGCCCAGACAGCACCAGGCAUCUGAAUCCAGUCCCUUGUUAAGGGGGAAAAUGCUCCCAUUGAAGGGCCGGAGCAGAGCUUCUGCCUUUUAUUCCAAGAGGCGCCAGCGGCUUCCAUUUGUAAACUUAUUAGUGUGCGUAUAAGGGGAUUCGGCCCAGGAAUCCCUGUGGCUGCGCUGCUCUGGGAGGGAGCUAGGACUAUGGCGUGCUUAUCUGAGGAUCACUCGUCACCCACUCCCCUCCCCAGAACCCCCACUCCUCCGGCUUGACCUUGACAUUGUCCCUGCUUGACCAGGUGGCCCAAGGUCCUUCCAGGAAUGAGGCUCCAAGCGCACAGUUGGGCGUUUAGAGGAGACAGGUGCCACUGAUGAAGAAACUCUUGCCUCGCCCUGAGGAAUGUCAACACCCAGUGUAGGGGCUUUCCUUGGUCCGGGCAGUCCCAGUUGGUGGACCAACCUGGAUAGCCAAGGCAGCGGCUGCCGGGAAUGCUAAUGAGCCUGCCGCGGUCCCUCUAAAGGGCGGCAGUCCGGGCCGUAGUGAGGCAAUUAGCGGGGGCAGAUGUACCCGGCGCAGACGCGCCGCCCCCGCGGACUGGGGCUCCUCGAGGUCCCCGAGUGGGCUGGAGAGUGGCGCGUGGGCCUUCCGGGAGCGGGCUGAUUGGACCCGACUCAGGACUUCGCACAAGGGCGGCUCUGUGCACUGCUUCUCUGUCCUCCCCUCCCUGCUUCCUUGGUACCCACUGCCUCCUCCCCUUUCCGGUUAUCCUUCGGCCCGGGGGCGGGGGUCGCUUCUCACCGCCCACCUCCCAGCUCCCGCCGCUCGCUCUUGCGUUGGGGGACCCUUUGCCGAUACCGUGUGAGUACCUACUAUGUGCCAGUCUGUGCCAGGCACUGGGGACACAGGUGGAAAAGUCCGAGUUGUUCCCUGCUUUUCUGGUUCUCAUUGUCCCGGAGCGUUAUGUCAUGCCCAGACCAGCAGAGGGCUCCAUGAGGAGUUAUAGAAGAUGCCCCGUGUCUCCGCUCCUCUGGUGCUGCUUCCUGCUUGGCUCUUGAUGGUGGCCUGUAGCCCACACUCCCUGAGGAUUGCUGCUAUCUUGGAUGACCCCAUGGAGUGCAGCAGAGGGGAACGGCUCUCCAUCACCCUGGCCAAGAACCGUAUCAACCGCGCACCAGAGAGGCUGGGCAAGGCCAAGGUCGAAGUGGACAUCUUUGAGCUUCUCAGAGACAGCGAGUACGAAACUGCAGAAACCAUGUGUCAGAUCCUCCCCAAGGGUGUGGUCGCUGUCCUGGGACCAUCGUCCAGCCCAGCCUCCAGCUCCAUCAUCAGCAACAUCUGUGGAGAGAAGGAGGUCCCUCAUUUCAAGGUGGCCCCAGAGGAAUUUGUCAGGUUCCAACUCCAGAGAUUCACCACCCUGAACCUUCACCCCAGCAACACCGACAUCAGCGUGGCUGUGGCUGGGAUCCUGAACUUCUUCAACUGCACCACCGCCUGCCUCAUCUGUGCCAAAGCAGAAUGCCUUUUAAACCUGGAGAAGCUGCUCCGACAAUUCCUUAUCUCCAAGGACACACUCUCGGUCCGGAUGUUGGACGACACACGGGACCCCACUCCACUCCUCAAGGAGAUCCGGGAUGACAAGACAGCUACUAUCAUCAUCCACGCCAACGCCUCCAUGUCGCACACCAUCCUCCUGAAGGCAGCUGAACUGGGGAUGGUGUCAGCCUAUUACACAUACAUCUUCACCAAUCUGGAGUUCUCCCUCCAGAGAAUGGACAGCCUUGUGGAUGAUAGAGUCAACAUCUUAGGAUUUUCCAUUUUCAACCAAUCCCAUGCAUUCUUCCAAGAGUUCUCCCAGAGCCUCAACCAAUCCUGGCAGGAGAACUGUGACCAUGUGCCCUUCACCGGCCCUGCGUUGUCCUCAGCCCUGCUGUUUGACGCUGUCUAUGCUGUGGUGACAGCGGUACAGGAACUGAACCGGAGCCAAGAGAUUGGUGUGAAGCCCCUGUCCUGUGGCUCAGCCCAGAUCUGGCAGCAUGGCACCAGCCUCAUGAACUACCUUCGCAUGGUAGAAUUGGAAGGUCUUACCGGCCACAUUGAAUUCAACAGCAAAGGCCAGAGGUCCAACUAUGCCUUGAAAAUCUUACAGUUCACCAGGAAUGGGUUUCAGCAGAUUGGCCAGUGGCAUGUGGCAGAGGGCCUCAGCAUGGACAGCCGCCUCUACGCCUCCAACAUCUCUGACAGUCUCUUCAACACCACCCUGGUCGUCACCACCAUCCUGGAAAACCCAUACUUAAUGCUGAAGGGGAACCACCAGGAGAUGGAAGGCAAUGACCGAUAUGAGGGAUUCUGUGUGGACAUGCUCAAGGAGUUGGCUGAGAUCCUACGGUUCAACUACAAGAUCCGCCUUGUUGGGGAUGGUGUUUACGGCGUACCUGAGGCCAACGGCACCUGGACAGGCAUGGUUGGGGAGCUGAUCGCUCGGAAAGCGGAUCUGGCUGUGGCGGGCCUCACCAUCACAGCGGAACGUGAGAAAGUGAUCGAUUUCUCCAAGCCAUUCAUGACGCUGGGAAUUAGUAUUCUUUACAGAGUUCAUAUGGGACGCAGACCGGGCUAUUUCUCCUUCCUGGAUCCCUUUUCUCCAGGAGUCUGGCUCUUCAUGCUUCUAGCUUAUCUGGCGGUCAGCUGUGUCCUCUUCCUGGUGGCUCGGUUGACUCCUUAUGAGUGGUACAGUCCACAUCCUUGUGCGCAGGGCCGGUGUAAUCUCCUGGUCAACCAGUACUCCCUGGGCAACAGCCUCUGGUUUCCGGUUGGAGGCUUCAUGCAGCAAGGCUCCACUAUUGCCCCUCGAGCUUUGUCUACCCGCUGUGUCAGUGGUGUCUGGUGGGCAUUCACGUUGAUCAUCAUCUCCUCCUACACGGCCAACCUGGCAGCCUUCCUGACUGUGCAGCGCAUGGAGGUGCCCAUUGAGUCUGUGGAUGACCUGGCUGACCAGACUGCCAUUGAGUAUGGCACGAUUCAUGGAGGCUCCAGCAUGACCUUCUUCCAAAAUUCCCGUUACCAGACCUACCAACGCAUGUGGAACUACAUGUACUCCAAGCAGCCGAGUGUGUUCGUGAAGAGCACGGAGGAGGGGAUUGCCAGAGUGUUGAAUUCCAAUUACGCCUUCCUGCUGGAGUCUACCAUGAAUGAGUACUACCGGCAGCGAAACUGCAACCUCACUCAGAUUGGGGGCCUGCUGGACACCAAGGGCUAUGGGAUUGGCAUGCCAGUCGGCUCAGUGUUCCGGGAUGAGUUCGACCUGGCCAUUCUCCAGCUGCAGGAGAACAACCGCCUGGAAAUUCUGAAGCGGAAGUGGUGGGAAGGGGGAAAAUGUCCCAAGGAGGAGGACCAUCGAGCCAAAGGCCUGGGAAUGGAGAAUAUUGGUGGAAUCUUUGUGGUUCUUAUUUGUGGCUUAAUAGUGGCCAUUUUUAUGGCUAUGCUGGAGUUUUUGUGGACUCUCAGACACUCAGAAGCAUCAGAGGUGUCUGUGUGUCAGGAGAUGGUGACAGAACUGCGCAACAUCAUCCUGUGCCAGGACAAUAUCCAUCCCAGGCGGCGGCGCUCUGGAGGCCUGCCACCCCAGCCCCCGGUCCUGGAGGAGCGCCGACCCAGAGGCACAGCGACGCUCAGCAAUGGCAAGCUAUGUGGCGCCGGGGAGCCAGACCAGCUGGCGCAGAGACUGGCACAGGAGGCCGCCCUAGUAGCUCGAGGCUGCACGCACAUCCGCGUGUGCCCAGAGUGCCGCCGCUUCCAGGGCCUGCGGGCGCGACCGUCGCCAGCGCGCAGCGAGGAGAGCCUGGAGUGGGACAAGACCACCAACAGCAGCGAGCCCGAGUAGUGGCAGCAGCGAAGGACCAUGGAGCCAGGCGGGGAGGCGGGAGGGCUAACAUUACAAGUUCCUUCUCUCCGGAUUCAAGAUUCAAUGACUUUACAAAGCGAUCUGAGCCUGCUGCCCCAGCAGGAGGCGGAUCUCCCUGCCCUGUGGCAGAGCGGCCUAUCCGAGAUGAGACACUGCACCCACGUGGCAGAGACGCUGUCCCUCGUGGGCACAAGGACCCAUCUCCUCCCAGAGAGCCUUUCCCUCACACUCAAAUAAGUGGAUUCUGGGUUGUGGGGCCCUGCCGAGAGAGCAGUCCAAGAAUUGAUGGUGUCAUCAGUUGAAUUCCCCCUAGGAAGGGGCCAUUGUACCCUGGGUCUAGUUCUUACAGGAAAAAAAAAUUAAACUCAACAGGGAAGUUUUCUUUUC